UAGCGCCCUGCUCAAACCAGCGCAGCUUCGCUGUCACCGCGGCUAUGGCUUCGCGACCCGUCACUCUCGGCAUCGACUUGGGCACCACGUCCGUGAAGGCCGCCCUGUUGGAAGCUGCACCCGGCAACCCAUCCGGGUUCGUGGUGCUGGCCAGCUGCGCCCGGGCUGCCCGGGCAGAGACAGAGAGCGCAGAGGCCGGGUCCCAGGGCCAGGAGCAGGAUGUGACUAGAAUCAUCCAAGCCCUAAAUGAGUGCCUUGAUGCCCUCCCCCGGCAGCAGCUCCAGAGAGUCAGGGCUAUCGGAGUGUCUGGACAGAUGCAUGGCAUCCUAUUUUGGAAAUCAGGUCAAGGCUGUGAAUGGACGGAAGGAGGGCCUGCCCUUGUCUUUGAGCCCAGAGCCGUGAGCCACUUGGUCACAUGGCAGGACGGCCGUUGUAACAGUGGUUUCCUGGCUUCUUUGCCCAAACCAGCAUCCCAUCUCAGUGUGGCCACGGGAUUUGGCUGUGCAACCAUCUUCUGGCUUUUGAAAAACAGCCCAGAGUUCCUGAAGUCCUAUGAUGCAGCUGGCACCAUCCAAGACUAUGUGGUUGCCAUGCUGUGUGGCUUGCCAAGACCCCUGAUGUCUGACCAGAAUGCUGCUAGCUGGGGCUAUUUUAACACCCAGAGCCAGAGCUGGAACUUGGAGAUACUGGAAAUGGCGGGCUUUCCUGUCCACCUGCUCCCUGACAUUGCAGAGCCAGGCAGCACGGCAGGCAGAACCUCUCACUCAUGGUUUGAGAUCCCAAAGGGCACACAGGUGGGCGUAGCCCUGGGUGACUUACAAGCCUCUGUCUAUUCCUGCAUGAGCCGAAGGACUGAUGCAGUUCUCAACAUCAGCACCUCCAUUCAGCUGGCCGCCUCCAUGCCUGUGGGAUUCCAGCCACUGCAGACUCCAGAUCCUGCAGCCCCAGUAGCCUUCUUCCCUUACUUUGACAAGACCUACCUAGGAGUGGCAGCGUCGCUCAAUGGGGGCAAUGUGCUGGCCACAUUUGUCCACAUGCUUGUUCAGUGGAUGGCAGAUCUAGGCCUGGAGGUUGAAGAAUCCACGGUCUAUUCACGCAUGAUUGAGGCGGCUGCACAGCAGAAAGACACGCAUCUCACCAUCACCCCAACAGUGCUGGGCGAGAGGCACCUGCCAGACCAGCUGGCCUCGGUGACUAGAAUCUCCUCGUCUGACCUUUCCCUGGGUCAUGUGACCCGGGCCCUGUGCAGAGGCAUUGUUCAGAACCUGCACUCCAUGCUUCCUUUUCACCAGCUCCAAGAGUGGCGUGUGGAACGGGUGAUGGGGAGUGGGAGCGCGCUGUCCAGGAAUGAGGUGCUGAAGCAGGAGGUCCAGAGGGCAUUCCCUUUGCCGCUGUGCUUUGGGCAGGACGUGGAUGCAGCCUUUGGGGCAGCUCUAGUCAUGCUCCGGAGAGACCUCGACCAGAAGGAGCCUUAGUUCAGCAAGCUCUUUGGUUAAAGGAAUGCUGGUAAUCCUAUCUAAUCGACAUUUAUGGUGAAUGAAACUUAAUAAAUUAACCAAGAUCUUCAGGAAUAUGAUAAUCAUGAAACCAGGAAUCACUAAUCAGAUCCCAAACUAGUGCCUUCCAAGAACAGAUCUGAGAGCUGAUUGCAAAUGCAAAUGUGAGAGCUGGAGAUGAUGGGAAGAGGGAGAGGGAGAAGAAGAGAGAGAAAAACACAGCUUCCUGGUCGCUAGGCUCAUCUGUGCUGCAGUUGUAGACAGAAAAGGAAGAUGACUUCAGAGUGAACAGUCAGGUAGUCGUGGCUCCAAUUAAGCAAAGAAGACUCGCUUUGUGUCCAGCAUUUGGACUGGUCUCUAUAAGAGAUCCAGCUUUGAGUCAAAUGCAUCAUGGGAAAAAUCCUUCCUGCAGGAUUUUACCAGGUGGCUGGAGGCCCCCUUGCAGUCUUGCUGUCCGUCAGCUCUCGCAUGUUCUCCGCGUAGAGAGAGGCCUAAGGACGGUGAAGCAGGAUGCCUUGGAGGAGGCUGGGCUGUGUGCUUUCCUUGCCGUGUGCAUUUUUUUUCUGGGAAAGUACUGCACCAGGGCUACCCCGAGUCCUCUCAACACAACUGACUUGAGGACACAUUCCAAAGGAGGAAAAGCAAGUGGCCCGAACAGCAAAAGGGACCAGAGUACUGUGGCGAACACUGUUCUGACAGACUGUUUUAAAGAUGGCGGCAAGGCACUGAGCCUUUCCCAUGACUGUGUACAGUCAUAUGUGCCCCUACCCCUGCCACAGGGGGUGGCCGGUUUCAUGAGAGAACCCCUUUCUCUGUGGUGAGGGCCUUUCUGGCAUCUCAUGGCUCUGGCUCAGUAGAAAUGCCCUGUUCAAGUGGGCAUGCGUAUAGGGCCAGAGCGCCAUCAGUCUUCUCAAGUGACAGAGCCUUCCAGGAGAGCGUCACCAUCACCACGCCUCCACCUAGACUCCUAGAGGACCCAAGGCUUGGGGGCAGCUGUAACUUUGGGGAGCAGUCAUGUUGUCUCUUUGUAUGAGUUGUUUGCGAGCUGAUUGUGGGAACCCAUUUGAUGAAUUUGGCUCCCACUGCUGGCUACAGUUCAGGUAACUGAAUAAAAUUCAUUUUCCCAGA